GCGCCCUCUCAAGGCCGCGCUCUUAAGAUGGCUACCCGGCUCCACUUUCCUUGGUGCCCUCUCAGGGUACGGCAGGCGUUUGGCUCAACCCUUGCGUUUUAGCGCCAGCUCGACCUAGAAGGUGGGAGCAGCGGGCCGCCGGCCUUACGCGCGCCGUCUCUCGGGGCGGGGCGCCGGGCCCCUUCCGGGGAUGCGCCCCGGGGCUCGCGUCGGCCCAGCUCGGCCUCGGCUCCUCCCUGCACGGGCGGGCGCUGCGCCAUCUCCCCGCCCGUCAGUCCGCCCGGCGGGGCCGGCCGCAAACCGGGCCUGGGCAGCCGAAGGGGAGCUCUAAGCCCAGAGGCGUCGGGAGGCGUCGGUGCUGCUGCUGGCCCGCGGCGGGGCCGGGGCGGAAAGGCAGCGGCGUCAUGUUCUCGCUGAAGCCGCCCAGACCCUCCUUCAGGUCCUACCUUCUGCCGCCGGCUCAGACUGACGAUAACAUAAAUUCGCAGCCGAAGAUUAAAAAACUGGAGCCAGUUCUUUUGCCAGGAGAAAUUGUUGUAAAUGAAGUCAACUUUGUGAGAAAAUGCAUUGCAACAGACACAAGCCAGUACGAUUUAUGGGGAAAGCUAAUAUGCAGUAACUUCAAAAUCUCCUUUAUUACUGAUGACCCAAUGCCGUUACAGAAAUUCCAUUACAGAAAUCUUCUUCUUGGAGAACAUGAUGUCCCUUUAACAUGUGUUGAGCAGAUUGUCACAGUAAAUGACCACAAAAGAAAGCAGAAAGUUCUAGGCCCCAACCAGAAACUGAAAUUUAAUCCAACAGAAUUAAUUAUUUAUUGUAAAGAUUUCAGAAUUGUCAGAUUUCGCUUUGAUGAAUCAGGUCCUGAAAGUGCCAAAAAGGUAUGCCUUGCAAUAGCUCAUUAUUCCCAGCCAACAGACCUCCAGCUACUCUUUGCAUUUGAAUAUGUUGGGAAAAAAUACCACAAUUCAGCCAACAAAAUUAAUGGGGUAUCCUCAGAAGGUGGAGGAAGAGGAGGGAUUGGAGCUGGCAGCGGCACCACCAGCCAGAAAACUCCACUAUUUGAAACUUACUCAGAUUGGGACAGAGAAAUCAAGAGGACAGGUGCUUCCGGGUGGAGAGUUUGUUCUAUUAAUGAGGGAUACAUGAUAUCCACUUGCCUUCCAGAAUACUUUGUAGUGCCAAGUUCUUUAGCAGACCAAGAUCUGAAGAGCUUUUCUCAUUCUUUUGUUGGAAGAAGGAUGCCACUCUGGUGCUGGAACCACUCAAAUGGCAGUGCUCUCGUGCGAAUGGCGCUCAUCAAGGACGUGCUGCAGCAGAGGAGAAUUGACCAGAGGAUUUGUAAUGCAAUAACUAAAAGUCAUCCACAGAGAAAUGAUGUUUACAAGUUGGAUUUGGAGAAGACUUUGCCUAAUAUUCAAGAAAUACAGGCGGCAUUUGUAAAGCUUAAGCAACUAUGUGUUAAUGAGCCUUUUGAAGAAACUGAAGAGAAAUGGCUAUCUUCACUGGAAAAUACUCGGUGGUUAGAAUAUGUCAGGGCAUUCCUUAAACAUUCAGCAGAAGUUGUGUACAUGCUAGAAAGCAAACAUCUAUCUGUAGUGCUACAAGAGGAGGAGGGAAGAGACUUGAGCUGUCUUGUAGCUUCUCUUGUUCAGGUGAUGCUGGAUGCGUAUUUCAGGACAAUUACUGGAUUUCAGAGUCUGAUACAGAAGGAGUGGGUCAUGGCAGGAUAUCAGUUCCUAGACAGAUGCAACCAUUUAAAGAAAUCAGAGAAAGAGUCUCCCUUAUUUUUGCUCUUCUUGGAUGCUACGUGGCAGCUGUUAGAACAAUACCCAGCAGCCUUUGAGUUCUCCGAGACCUACUUAACAGUGCUGUAUGACAGUACUCGGAUCUCAUUGUUCGGCACCUUCCUGUUCAACUCUCCUCACCAGCGGGUGAAACAAAGCACAGAAUUUGCUAUAAGUAAAAAUAUCCAGUUGGGUGACGAAAAGGGCUUAAAAUUCCCCUCAGUGUGGGACUGGUCUCUUCAGUUCACGGCAAAAGACCGCACCCUUUUUCACAACCCCUUCUACGUUGGAAAGAGCAUGCCCUGUGUGCAGAAUGGCUCUGUGAAGUCUUUUAAGCGGACAAAGAAGAGCUACAGUUCUACACUGAGGGGAAUGCCAUCUUCCUUAAAGAAUGGGGUCAUCGGUGACCAAGAACUGCCCCCGAGGAGAAAUUCACCAAUAUUAAAACACAAGCCAGACCCACUUCAGCACACUGACAGUCACAACAGUGAUAUGGAACAGUAUUUCAGAGAGUGGUUUUCCAAACCAGCUGACCUCCACGGUGUGAUUCUGCCUUGUCUCUCAGGAGCACACAUAAAGUUGUGGAAACUGUGCUACUUCCGCUGGGUCCCUGAGGCUCAGAUCCACCUUGGGGGCUCCAUCACUGCCUUCCACAAGCUCUCCCUGCUAGUGGAUGAGGUGGACACGCUCAGCAGAAUGCUGCGGCAGCAGCGCAGCAGCCCCCUGGAAGCCUGCUAUGCAGAGCUGGACCAGAGCAGGAUGUACUUCAGAGCCCAAGGCCCACACAGCACCUCGGGGACACCUGAGUUCCUCUCCUCUUCAUUUCCAUUUUCUCCUGUCGGCAACCUAUGCAGGCGAAGCAUUUUAGGAACACCAUUAAGCAAAUUUUUAAGCGGGGCCAAAAUAUGGAUAUCUACUGAGACAUUAGCAAAUGAAGACUAAAAUGUAUUUUCAGAACAUGUUAAAGGAAGCUGUAACUUCCCUCUGAAUUGAAAUUGCUAACCUAGGCAUUUAAAACUUAAUAAUUUUAUAUAUAAGAAUAAUAGUUGAAAUUUGCACUAAUAUUUAAAACCUAUUGAAUCAUACUACCUUCGCAGGUAAUUUAAGAAAAGUGUAAUUUUGGUUUUUAUGUCCUAUUCCUGUCUUUACAGUUCUGGCUCAUUUUAGGUGAUGGCAAACGUUCCCCUUAUUCUUAUGACUGUGAUCAAACUAAUCAGGUUUUCUACAUUUCUUCUGUCUCUGUCCAUUUUUCCUACCACCUAUUAAAGGUUACCCAGUGCCUGGUCAGAAUAGCAAUCAAAAGGAAAGAGCAGGAAGAAGAGCAUUUUAGAUCACCUUGUGUGAGACCGUAGAUGACUGUGGUUUGAAAUCACGAGUUUGCUUUUAACUCCACGGGACUAACUUUAAAAUGACAUGCACUGUAACUUUAAAGCAUUCGUUGUAGACGAUAUAAUUAAUCUUAGAAGUGCCUUUGACAUUUAGAUACUGAGUAACAGAAAAAUAUAAUUUCACUUUUUAAAAUUAUACUCAGCAUAUUGGAUUUAGGAUUUUCAUUCCAAGCUUCAUACUUAUAGCCAGGAGUCUUCAAAGCCACGUUUCUGUCACUGUGAGCAUCACCAAGGACACAGUAGCUGGUGGGGUGCUGAUCCAAGAGGCUCUGCAGGCUUUCAGGUGACAAGGCGCAGCCCUCAGACCUCAGGGCUGCUCGGAGGCCUCUGGUUCCCAUCACCGUUUCCAGCCUGCUGAACUGCUGUGGGCACUUCCCCUUCAAGGUUACCAGUGAGGGCACAAGUCAGAGCCCUGGCCAGAAGCCCCUCUUGUCUCAAAGCUCUCAAUCCUUAGGAAUGGGGAACAUGGACUUACCUCAAAACACUGCCGCUUUGAUAAGGAGAGAAGUGCUCCUCUCCACACCCUUUCCUGACUUCGACAGCAAUAUUAAGAAGAGACAGAAGCUCACACGGGUGUACUCCUGGUCUGAAAUACCCUUGUUUUCAAACUGACCAGAAGCUGGCCAACUUUGUAAGGUGAAAGCUAAGCUCCCUGUGCAGUGACUCAUAUUUCAUGCCAUCCCUCUCCAAGUGCACACACAUCCAAUUAUUUCACUGUUAAGUUUCUUAAACUGCCAUCUUAAGAGCCCGAAAUUUUCUGUAAUGUCUCAUUUCCUUUUCUAAAACAUUUUUUCAAGAUAGCGUAUUUUGCCUUUAAGUGAGCUGAGAAUUAUUUGCCUUUUUAAAGUUGUUUGAUAAUGUCUCUGGAUUAAACAGAAGUUCUUAUACAGUGUCUUAGGAAAUUCAUCCUGUGGAUAAACACAAUGAUUUUGCCAGCUCGUUGCCUAGAAAAUAAGGGCUAUCUUCAGUUCAUAAAAAUAGCUUUAUUUCACUAAAGUUUUUUUUGGUACUGGGGAUCAAACUCGGGACCUUGUGCUUGCGAGGCAGGCAAUGGAACCACUGAGCUAAAUCCCCAGCCCUCUCACUAAAGUUUUUAUAGGCCUUGAUUGGAAACCAGCCUUGAUUGGCCUUAAAACACAGCAUUUCCUGCCAUUGAAAGUGUAAUUCUCCUUUUAUCAUUAAGCUGCUUUUUUAUUAUCACAAAUGUUUCUAAAUUUAGUUUUUGGGUUCACCAUUUCUCUAAUUUUCUUCCCUCUAUUUCAGUCCCUUUUUUAUAACUUUUUCUGAAUUUACAAGUUUAAAAAAGGUUAGGUACUAUUAAUAAUACUGUCUUAAAAUAGAAAGUUGCAUAUUUUUGUAUGAUAAAUGUAGUGAAAUACAGAUUUUUUGUUGAAUACCUGUUACAUAAUGAUUAUUGUGCCACAGUUUAUCGUACAUAAUAUGAAAAACAACUCUAACAGCCUUGUCCGGGCCACUGUGAAGCUGCUUGCUUCUCCUGCGAGCAGAGAUGUGGUGACGUGAAGUGUCAGUGUGGCUGCUGCAGAAACCCAAGGAGCUCAACACCCACUUUCCCGCAGGCUCGUGGACAGACGCCUGUGCUGAGGUCCAGGCAAAGCCCAGACAGCAUUGAACGUAAAGCUGUAGUGUCUUACCGCUUACGAUGGGAAUCAACUGGAAAACCAAGUGUCUAACUUUAUUUAAGAAAAGGAUAUUAAUUCGUACUAACAGGAGGUCAAAACUGUUUGACAGAAUUUGCAUGCUAUAGCAGUAACCUCAAGCAGAACUUGAUUUUGAGAGAAAAGUAAAACCUUUGUGCCUAAAACUGAUGACUUGAAGUAAAAUGAGCAGGAGAUGAGAGGUCUUGUUGUUCAGCGGAAUGAAUGUGAAGGAAAUUUUGACUGCUAAAUAAAAUUUCCACAGAAACUGUUUGUGGUACAUUUAUCAGUAUGAAAUUGUAAGAGCACAGUGGUUGAAAACUCAAAGGCAUCUUUCACCCAUAUUUGAGUGUCAAACGUGCGGUCUUUUUGCUUGCCCUCUAAAAUCGGGUAGUGAUAAAUACAAAAACUGAGGUGUAACUGCCUCCAAGGUCUCAGUCCAUGGACCCUGCAACCCUAAGUCCUGAGCCUCCAUCCGGAUAAAUCAUACCAUGGCCCUCCCCCACCCGAGACCCUUCUGACCACGGUGGCGGGUGGUCCUGCUUUGAUUAUGCCACUGGUAUAAAAAUUACCCCGAAGCUCAUUAUUAGGGAUGCUUCUGAGGAGAAGGCUGUGAAGGGACAACUGAUUUCGCAGACUGCCCAUGCCUUUGGUGAUCUACCCCAACUGGUGAGAGUAAGCGCUUGCAGAUGUUCUAAGAAGUUAAGCACCUUCAUAAGAAUUUGGUUUUUAAUUCCGAAGAAAUCAGAAUUUCUGCUCUUUCUGCCCUUCUUGGAAAAUCACAAGAGUAUUUAGUGACUGUGUGUGUAAACCAGUGCAGAAAUAUCUAAAUUUGAGAAUCUCUGUCUCGUGAUGGGUCUGUAGCUCAGUGGUAGACUGCUAGUUAAGCACAUACAAGGUCCUGAAUUUGUCCUCAGAACAGAAAAAAAAAAAGGUUUUAUCUCCAAAAUACUUAUUAGAAAUGUUAUUUAUACUACUUUUGUAAUAAAAGAUCUAAAGCUGUGAA